UACCUUGACAAAAUAUCCUAUUAACUAACAUUUAGAGUAUUUUCUGCUGUGCCUCUAACCAAUUUCUUAGUGAUAUAUUUUUUUCCAGUUGAGAAAGAAAAAUGUCCACUCUAGGACUAUCUCUGCUCUUUCCUCUGUUAUUUAUCUGCUUCUUCAGGGAGAGUUUCUGCAUUUGUGAUGGAACUAUCUGGACCAAAGUUGGAUGGGAGAUUUUUCCAGAAGAAGUAAACUACCUGAAAGCUAAGCCUUCUUCAUCUCACUGUCUACCGUAUCCUCUGGACAAACUAUGCUGCAACUUUGCUAACAUGGACAUAUUUCAGGGUUGUUUGCAUCUCACUUAUAUUUUAGUACAAGCUCUCUUUUUGAUCCUAUCUGUUUUAUCUGUGCAUUACCUGUGGACAAAGUGGAAGAAACAUAAAAAGAAGCUGAAAGAACAAGCCUCCUUAAACAAAUUUGAUAAUGAUUUAGAAAGUCCAUCCAUCUAUGACAUUGACCAAAUACUCUGUAAAUUGGUGGCCACAACAUCGAUGAUGACCAAGUAUCUGAAGCUGGUAUCACACCAUCCUUCCUCUAAGAAAAUGAAGUAUAAAAAAUUAAAGAGGAAGAAGAGUGAAGGAAGAGGAGGAACCAGAGGAUACUAAACAUAUGCAAAUAUAAUCCAGUCGAAUACGGAGAUUACCAAAGAAAUAUAUUGAGAGGAUUAGGGAUAAAAAUUAUUCCUUGGGAGGCUUUGUCAUUUUUUUGCCACAAUUGUUCUGGAAAUUUUCCAAAGAACUUUGAGUUGAAAUGUUAUUUCCAUUCAACUGAAAAAGAACCCAUACUUACUAAAGUACUGGGGAAAAGAUUGUAUAUCAUCACUGCUAGAUGUUUUAAGUUUUUUGUUAUUGGAUCAUCAGAAAAGUCAUG